AUGCCUUCUACAAUCACAAAGUCGCUCGUUCUCCUCCUGUGUACCUUUUUGGGCCUUGUUUGCGGCACCUUGUAUCUAUACUCGUCGUACUCGCCUCAGUUGGCCCAAAGACUCAACUACCUGGCCACAGACUCUUCCUUGAUAGCACUCUGUGGAUCACUAGGUGUUGCUGUGACGGGGCCCGUGGCUGGAGUUGUUGUCGACCGCAAGGGAUACUCGGUCAGCUUGUUCAUAGGCGGAACUUCUAUCUGUUUGGCAUAUUAUGGCCUCAAACAGCAAUACUCCCAGGCCUUGUCUAGUUUAUGGUACCUGUGCUUCUUGCUAUUCAGCGUGGGAUUGGGAUCCACAUUCAUCAACUCAGCAUGCCUCAAAUGCUGCGCUGUGCUGUUUCCCAACAUCAGAGGCGUGGCCACGUCGCUCCCUUUGGCAUUGUACGGUUUGUCGGCGAUGUUUUACUCCGUCGUCGCGUCCGUGUACUACCCCGGUGAUACCUCGGGGUUUCUCGGCUUCUUGAUUUUGUCUGUGGGCGUGAUAACCGUUAUCUGCUCGCCGCAAUUGAUGCUUUGUGACUUCAGAGACUUGCUGCCAAAGCGCCACAAAGCCAGCAACUCCGAGAUCAUCCAAUUGACUACCAUCGGACAGAAAAUUGACUCGGAGCCGAUCAAGUACCACGCUCUCAGGGGUCGAAUUGCUACGAAACCCCGCUUCUGGCUCCUUUUCAUCGCCACUGGUGCCUUUGCAUCGCUAGGCCAAAUGUACAUCUACACCGUCGGCUAUAUGGUCAAGGCAUUGGUCACCAACACGUUUACUACACCGGUUGAUCCUACCGCAGAGUACGUCCCCAUGGAGGUCGUCAUCCAGCAGGAACAGCAGGUUCAAGUGGGCCUCUUGUCUGUCGCAAAUUGUGUGGGCCGCCUUCUGGCGGGCAUUCUAGGUGACAUUAUCAGUCAGAGCUUCAGAAAACCCCGUGGAUGGCUUUUGUUUAUCCCGGGAAUUGGCCUUGUGGCUACACAGAUCAUGGGCUUGAGUAUCACCGAUCCGCAUCAUCUAGAGUGGGCCUCCAUGCUCCAAGGCUUUUUCUACGGAUUUACGUUUUGCAUUAUGCCGAUUAUCGUCGGAGAUGUUUUCGGAAUGGAGAACUUCUCAGGAAACUGGAAGUAUGUACCUCCAAACCGGAGGGCCAAGUCCAGUCCACAAUCAGAGCCUGAUAAGCUCAAAGAGAGAAAGGAAAGGUUUAACAAACCUCAAAAGCUGGAUUAUGGCUACGUGUCGCGAGGCGAGGAGAACAAGCUUCAAAAAGAUGCCGGCGCCCGCGAGGCCUACUUCGAAGACAUCAAAAAGAUGGACCGCAAGAAGCCGGAUCCUAUCCUAGACUCUCUUAGAAAACUACGAGAGGCAAUGCUCCAUUUGACGUUGGACAAAUUCACCAAGGAAGUGUACAUGUACUCUUUUGAGUUCGGAGCCAGCGUCGGCAAGUAUCAGACGUAUGUGCCAUGCGGGCAGUUUCUUCUACGAACCAACCUAAUGACUCAAGAAGAGACGGCUUCGGUGGCUGCUAUAAUGACGCUACAUAUCUCUCACUGCAAUCAUGACAGUGGUAGAGCAUGGCUGCUAUAUUUCCGCCAUUUCAGCAGACAAGACCCUUUGUACGCUGUGCUCGAGGCAUGGGAUCUUGACGAUUAUGUCACAUGGAUGGAGCUAUUUCGAAACGAAAAGGACAAAUCCAGAAAGCAGGUAAUGGAGCUCGGGUCUGGCAAGAUGAUGCGCCACAUGGCCAAGUGUCUCACAGUGCUGUAUUUCACAAUGGCCGCCGACGAAAUGGCUCAGCUCGUCAACAGCGAUCUAGGUCGCUUCAUUGAACAGUACAAACUCGGCUGGACCGUUGAAAAAGGAAUAGUCACCCUACGCAGUAGAAAUAGAUAA